UUUCUUUGUUUAUUUCGAGAACUAUAAUUUUUAUUUUAGGUAUUUAUUAUUUAAUAAUUGAUUAUAGAGUUUUUGUUGAGUGAGAGCUUUUCAAUUUAAAUGGUUCUAUAGUUGUUAUAACUUUAAUUUUGGAUUGAAUAUCUCUUAUUUUUAUAUCUUUUGUUAUAUAUAUUUCUUCUUUGGUUAUUUAUUAUAGAGAGGAUUAUAUAUCUGGUGAAAAGAAUAUAAAUCGUUUUAUUAUUAUUGUUUUAAUAUUUAUUCUUUCUAUAGGUUUUUUAAUUAUUAGUCCUAAUUUAAUUAGAAUUUUAUUAGGUUGAGAUGGUUUAGGUUUAGUUUCUUAUUGUUUAGUUAUUUAUUAUCAAAAUGUAAAAUCUUAUAGUGCUGGUAUAUUAACUGCACUUUCUAAUCGUAUUGGUGAUGUUGCUAUUUUAAUUUCUAUUGCAUGAAUGUUAAAUUUUGGUGGUUGAAAUUAUAUUUAUUAUUAUGAUUUUAUUUCUAAUUCUUUUGAAAUAAAGCUCAUUACUAUAUUAAUUGUUUUAGCAGCUAUAACUAAGAGAGCUCAGAUUCCUUUCUCUUCAUGACUUCCUGCUGCUAUAGCAGCUCCUACUCCUGUUUCUGCUUUAGUUCAUUCUUCUACUCUUGUUACUGCUGGUGUUUAUUUAUUAAUUCGUUUUAGACCAAUAUUGGAUACUUAUAAUUGUGGUUGAUUUUUACUUUUAAUUGGUUGUAUAACUAUAUUUAUGGCUGGAUUGGGCGCUAAUUUUGAGUUUGAUUUAAAGAAGAUUAUUGCUCUUUCUACUUUAAGACAACUUGGUUUAAUAAUAAGAAUUUUGGCUAUAGGUUAUCCAAAGCUUGCAUUUUUUCAUUUAUUGGCUCAUGCUUUAUUUAAGGCAUUAUUAUUUAUAUGUGCAGGUUCAAUAAUUCAUAAUUUGAAGGAUUCUCAGGAUAUUCGUUUUAUAGGAUCAAUUGUUAAUUUCAUACCUUUAACUUCAGUUUGUUUUAAUGUUUCUAGUUUAUCUUUGUGUGGAAUACCUUUCUUAGCGGGAUUUUAUUCAAAGGAUUUAAUUCUUGAGAUGGUUUGUUUAAGAUGAAUUAAUUGUUUAAUUUUUUUCUUUAUUUUUU